AUCACACAUUAUUAGGAAUUUUUUAUUUAUUUAUGGGGGCGUGUGUGUGGUCAACAGAAGCAGAGUCCCGCGGCCUCCGAGAGAAACGUGGCUCGCGGGGGCGAGGAAGGAAAGGUUCGGAUGAGGAUUCUCCUAAAAAGAAAAAGAUGAAAAACAGCCCAGACUUGAGCGACGCCCUGCUGCCCAUGCAGCCGUCAGACGUGCUGGACAUGCCGGUGGACCCCAACGAGCCCACCUACUGUCUUUGCCACCAGGUGUCGUACGGGGAGAUGAUCGGCUGCGACAACCCCGACUGUCCCAUCGAGUGGUUUCACUUCGCCUGCGUCGACCUCGCCACCAAGCCCAAAGGAAAAUGGUUUUGUCCGCGAUGCACUCAAGACAAGAAGAAGAAAUAAGAAGAAAUACAUUUAUGAUAUUGCGGUAGUAAAAUAGUGGGAUUAUAUCCAGAAAUCUAUAUUUUCGCUCCUGUUUGUACAAGCUUGCUUCUAACGACUCAAUGUGGAUUUUGGGAGUGUCGCUACUACGGGUGUAACGGUACAGCAAAAAUCGUGGUUUGCCAACGACCUUGGCUUAAAGGUCACGUUUCGGUUCACAUUGAUUACGGUAAGGGAACAAAAUACACCGUCUGAAAGUGCUUUUCUUUUGGGUCAGCAGGGAACAUUUUUAAUGGCUGAAAAUCAAACGUAAAAA